AAUGUGUUGUCAGUGUCAAAAAGUUUCUUUUAUUAUUUUUUUAAAUAAAUUUAUAAACUAUUAAUUUUUUAUUAUUUUAUUUUAUUGUUGUGUUAAACAAAACGUGUUUUGUAUUAAGUUUCAUGUAAAAUAUGUCCAAAACGAAUUCUUUAACGUUAAAACAUAGUUAUUGCUUCCUGUGUUUCGUCGUAUUUUUUGUCAGAUUGUCCUAGAAAACUAUUUUUUAAUAGCUUACAAAAUGUUUCCGCAACUACCAAACGGUCUUGGCUAUAUACCUGAAAUGGAGCAAAUCAUAAGCCAGCUAGAAAGGGGUACUUUAGUCACUAAAUUUUCAUGGAGAAAGAAACCAGAAAGCAAAACAUUGUGUAUAAGAAGAGAAACUAGACAACUUAUGUGGACUAGACCAACGAGUUCAUCAAAACCAAAUUAUGAAGGAACAAUAGAUUUAUCAGAAAUCAAAGAAGUACGCCUAGGAAAAAACUCGAAAGAUUUUGAAAAAUGGCCUGACGAAGCCAAAUUGAAAGAAACCAAAAAGUGUUUUGUUAUUUUUUAUGGAUCUGAGUUCAAAUUAAGGGUUUUAAGUAUAGCAGCUUUAUCAGAAGAAGAAAGAAGAUUAUGGGUUAAAGGUCUGAAUUAUUUAGUUAAAGAUACGCUAAAUGCUUCCUACCCUAUUCAAGUUCAAAGUUGGUUAAGAAGAGAAUUUUAUGAAAUGGAAGGGUCUAGGGAAACUGUAAACUUGAAAGAUCUGAAAUCGUUCCUACCAAGAAUAAACUACAAGAUUCCUACUAAUAGACUGAGAGAAAUAUUUAAUGAGGUUGAUACAAGACGCAGAGGUGAAAUUGGAUUCGAUGAUUUCACCACUUUGUAUCAAAAAAUGAUUUUUGAUGAAAACAAUGUUUCAGAACUGUUUGAUAAAGUUCGUGAUUAUUCUGCAAACCUAAAACAUGUCACGUUGCAAGAGUUACAAAAAUUUCUCCAAAUAGAACAAAUGGAUCCCUCAGCAUCCAAUAAGGAAACAAUUCGAAAUUUUGUUUGCGAUUUUUUGAAGGAUCCACAAAGAGAAGUUCAAGAACCUUAUUUAACUAUAGCAGAAUUUUUGGAUUUUUUAUUUUCAAAACAAAAUGAUUUGUGGGAUGAAAGCAAGAAUUCAGUAUAUCAAGAUAUGACACGUCCUUUGAGUCAUUAUUGGAUAGCAUCUUCACAUAAUACAUAUUUAACAGGUGACCAAUUCUCAUCGGAAUCAUCUGUAGAAGCCUAUGCUCGAUGUCUUCGUAUGGGUUGCAGGUGCAUCGAACUGGACUGUUGGGAUGGUCCUGAUUGUACACCAUACAUUUUCCACGGGCACACUUUGACCACAAAAAUUAAGUUUAUCGAUGUGAUAAGAACAAUCAAAGAGCACGCUUUCAUAACAUCAGAGUAUCCAGUUAUUUUGUCUAUUGAGGAUAAUUGUUCUUUGCCGCAGCAAAGAAAAAUGGCCAAUAAUUUACAAGAUAUUUUUGGUGAUAUGCUAUUGGCUCGUCCGUUUGAUAAAAACGAAACCGAACUGCCUUCUCCAUACAAUUUGCGUCGUAAAAUUAUCCUUAAACAUAAAAAGCUGCCUGAAGGACAGGAAGAUGUAAUGCCUGCUUUUAUGAGAUUGGAAUCUACAGAUAAUAUGGAUUUAAGAAAUGCAGUAAAAAGUGGCGAAAUGUAUAUAGAAGAUCCAGUAGACAAAGAAUGGAUGCCACAUUUCUUUGUUUUGAAUAAUAGUAAAUUAUUUUAUACCAGCCAUUAUAAAUUGGAUGGGAAUAAUUCGGAAAAAGAGGAAGAUGAAGAAGAUAGUGCAAGUUUUGCAAGGCCCAACAAAAAUAUACCAAAUGAAGAGUUGCAUUUUAGUGAGAAAUGGUUUCAUGGUAGAUUGACCAAAGGCAGGGAAGAAGCCGAACAGCUGUUGAACACUUAUUCACACUUGGGUGAUGGCACAUUUUUAGUCCGCGCCAGCGUAACAUUUGUUGGCGAAUAUUCUUUGUCUUUUUGGCGCAACGGACAAGUGAAUCAUUGUCGAAUUAAAUCCAAACAAGAAAAACAACAAACAAAAUAUUAUCUUAUUGAGGGCAAAUAUUUCGACAGCCUAUACAGUCUCAUUACCCAUUAUAGGUUGGCUCCAUUAGUUACUGCUGAAUUUUCCAUAACCUUACAAGAGCCAGUUCCUCAGCCAAAUCUUCACGAAAACGAAGAAUGGUACCAUAAAUAUACCACGAAACAGCAAGCCGAAGAAGCAUUGAAAAGGAUUAAAACAGAAGGAGCGUUUUUGGUUAGGCCGAGUGAAAACGAUACAAAUUGUUAUACAAUAAGUUUUAGGGCUGAUAGAAAAAUCAAACAUUGUCGAAUCAAACUGGAAGGAAGGCUGUAUACGAUAGGCAGUGUCGAGUUUGAAAGUCUAGUCGAAUUAAUUAAUUACUAUGAGAGCCAUGCCCUUUAUAGACGAGUGAAGUUAAGUCAUCCGGUUACUGAAGAAACUAUAAGGUCGAUGAUGGUGGAACAAGAUGAAACCACCCCGUACAACCACACAACUACCCCAUCUUACAUGGACCCCUCGGCAUUCACUCCCAAAAUCAACGUAAAAGCUUUGUACGAUUACAGGGCGCAACAGCCCGACGAGCUGUCAUUCUGCCGUCACGCCAUCAUUACCAACGUGACGAAACCGCCGGACAGUUCUGAUUGGUGGCGGGGUGAUUAUGGGGGAGCUAAACAGCUCUAUUUUCCAGCUACUUAUGUUGAGGAACUUGAGAGAAGUGCAACGAAUGUUGAAGAAGAAGGGGCCAAUGAUUCAGUAAUCCAAGGCUCCUUAGACAUGAAAGGGGCUGUAGUGGAACUUUUGCACAAUCCUGAGCGUCCCGGUUUGGAAUGGCUAAUCAGGAUAACCCCUUCAACGGCAUUAAUAGCUUUCGACGUUGCUGUACAGUCGAGAGAUAAUGCUCUAGAAUGGUUAUCAGCAAUUCGAGAUGUGACUCAAAAAGCAACCCAACAAGAAAUCCAACACAAAGAAAUGGAACGCACUUAUAGGAUAGCAAAAGAACUGUCGAAUAUUAUAAUCUAUUGCCGAUCGAUAUCGUUCAAUAUGGAACGAGCCAAACAAGGAUUUGUGUUUUACGAAAUGUCUUCAUUUCCUGAAACUAAGGCUGAAAAAUUGAUGUGCCAAAUGGAAAAACAAUUUUUCUUAAAAUAUCAUCAGGUACAAUUUUCACGAAUAUAUCCGAACGGUCUGAGGAUCGAUUCUUCAAAUUACAAUCCGAUAAACAUGUGGAAUUGCGGAUCUCAAAUGGUAGCUUUAAAUUAUCAAACUGGCGAUAAACCAAUGCAAUUAAAUCAAGCGAAAUUUCGUGAUAACGGAGCUUGCGGUUAUUUGUUAAAACCCGAAUUUAUGACCAAACCAGAUUUUGAUCCAUUUGAUAAAAAUAAACUUCCUGGAGAAGAACCUGUAACUGUUUCAAUUAGGAUAAUAGCAGGACGGCAUUUUUGCAGAUCCAAAAAAGGUAUAGCAAGUCCUUUUGUCGAAAUCGAAAUCAUAGGAGCGCCAUUCGAUUCGGGAAUCAAACAAACAACCAAAAGAAUAAUGGAUAAUGGGUUUAGUCCCAAAUGGAACGACGAGCAUUGCGAGUUUAUAGUUCACAAUCCUCAUUUUGCUUUGAUACGUUUCGCUGUGCAAAACGAGGAUGUCUUUGGCGAACCGAAUUUCAUUGGACAAGCCACAUAUCCACUGACGUGUAUUAAAAAAGGCUACAGGAGCGUUUGGCUUAAAAACGCUUUCAGCGAAGAUCUGGAAUUGGCAUCUCUAUUAGUACAUAUCAGUAUAAAACAGACAAAAGACAAUAUUUCGCCGAGAUAAUAUGAAAAUUAAUUAUUAGCAAGCUCGCUAGUUAUUGUGCCUAAGUAGAAAUAGGUAGCUUUCGCAAUAAAUAAAAAUAACUUCAGUGAUUGAAAACGCCUUAUAUGUAAUUGUGAAAUUUAGGGUCUAUUUUUUUGUCAACAGUUACAGUUUAAUCACUUCAAAGUCUUCAAUAAUAUGCAUACUAAAAAUGUCAACCAAUAAUAAUUAGACUUUAACUGUUAACAUAAAACGAGCCCUUAUUGAUUUUUGCAUUUAAUUUGAGUAAGCAUUAGGAUGCUCACUUGUCCAAAAUCUGGUGAUAAAAUGAAAUUCUAAAAAUUUAAAAGGUUAAAAAUAUAUUCAGUUGUCAAUAAUAUGCUUCUUUGUUGUAAAAUUUUUUGGGUAUUAUUAUUAGUGAAAAAAAAUAGCUCAAAACUAUAUUUUAAUAUUUAUUAUCAAUUAUUGUUAAAAAUGAAAUCGUAAUAAUUGUAAUGUGUAUUUUUAUUAAUCAAAUUUAUGUUUAUAAGAUUUUUUUUUUUUUGAAAAUUAUUACAUAUCUAUAUUUUAUGUGUAAUGGUAUAACAUACAUGUAUGGUGUUUAACUGAGAUUUUUAAUUCAUUUAUAAAAAUUCUAUAGUAUUGUAUAUAAAUUUAAUUUUUUUGUAAUAAACAGAGUCUAAACUAAUACUUUGAUUUAGUAUAAUUUUAUUUUUCAUGUAAAUAAUAAUUAUUCAUCAUCCCUCAGUGAGAUAUUGAGCUUCUAUAAGAUGUUUCUAUGCUUGUUUUGGGCAAGAUGUAUAGUUUGUUUAGAGUAUAAUACUCUUAUCUGUUUUCAC